AUGCCCGAACUAGGAGAGGUGGCGCACGCCGCGUCGGUGUUUGCGAAAUUUGCAACCGGCAAAAAAGUCGCCGAGGCGGAUGUCCAGCCCGACAAGAUCGUCUUUGGUAGUGAAACCGGCCACGAGGCGCUGCAGAAGGCCCUCCAGGGCCGCGUCAUCACUAACGUGUCGCGCCACGGUAAGUACUGGUGGCUCACGCUCGAUGGAGACGCCGAUAACGCCGUAUUGCUACACUUUGGCAUGACGGGCUACAUAUCCGUCAAGGGCCACAGAACGCACUACAUCAUGAUGGAGAACGGUGGCGACAAAAAGGCACGUGAUCGGCUCGACCGCAUCCGUGGAGAUGGAGGAGUCGUCGAAGAAAAGGCCGCCAACGGUCAGUCCAUCAUUGCUGCCAAUGGGGGCGACAUUCCCGAAGACGUGUCCAUGCUGGAGGAGCUGGCGGAGGAGGAACUCGAACAGCAGACGUGGCCGCCGCGGUUCGUCAAGAUGGAUCUGACGCUCGAGGACGGUACCAAACUCGCGUUCUACGACGCUAGACGGCUAGCUAGGGUCAAGCUCUUUACGAUCGCCGAACCUCUCGACAUCUAUAAGGUGGAUCCGAUGAAGAAACUGGGUCCGGAUUACAGCAAGAGCCCAGACGACGAACACACACCGGCGGCGCUCAAACCUCUGGAUCUGGAUGCUUUCAAGGCGAAAAUCCAGGCGAAAAAGGCGCCCAUCAAGUCCGUGCUUCUGGACCAAUCACUUUUUUCGGGCGUAGGAAACUGGGUGGCCGACGAGAUUCUCUACCACUCACGCGUGCACCCCGCUCGCAUGUGCAAUCUGCUGCUAGAGUCGCAGAUCGACGAGCUAUACACCCAGCUCGUGCACAUUUGCCAGUUUGUCGUCAAGGUGGAGGGCAACACGUUGCUCUUUCCGCUCAACUGGCUUAUGCUGAACCGAUGGGGCAAGCGGAACAAGAACAAAAAGAGUUACACACUGGAGGGCUACGAGGUGGAUCACGUGACUGUCGGAGGCCGGACGUCAUCCUUCUGUCCUGAACUACAACAUAAUGGACCUCCCAAAGAGAAGACUACCACUAAGCGGGUAAAGUUUGAUGGAAUCAAGACAGACGACGAAGAAGAGCAACCAAAGGAGCUCACCAGGACGGUAAAGGAAGAGGGAGAGGAGGCCGAGGCGGAAGAAACGACACAGACCAAGCCCAAAAAGCGACGUAAGAAGGUCAAGGUGGAGGAGGACCUGCUACCUCUGGUGGACGCGGUGGAGGCAAAGGACAAGUCGAUACUGGAUGCCCAAGCGAAUAGUCGAGCUGAGCGGGCCAAGCGACGACGGUCUUAA